GUGCCCUGUCGUGUAGUGAACCAACAAGGACAGUAUAUACCUAGGUCAUACCUGUGUACCUAUAUACCUGACAGUACAUACUCUGAAGACAAACUGGCCCUCCCUCUGCUCCAGCUCCUUGAUGAUACCAGUGGCUAUCAGACAGGUCACCACCUGAGAAAUGACUACCUGGAGAUCAUGUGAUGUCAGAAUCAGACAGAAAUGGAUGAGCUCUCUGACCAUGAUGACAUACCUGCUAAAAAAUUACGCCUGAGUGAAGGAGAUGAGUUUACCGCAGAAAGUGAUCCAAUUGGCAAGAACAAUGCUGAAAAGAAAACAGAGAGCCAAAGCACAGUGGAGUACAGUAUGGGAUCUGAUUUGGACUCCCUGGGGCUUGACCAAGGUGAUGCAAGUCUACUGGAGGUCAGCAAACAGAAAAAUGGUACGGUGGAAGUAGAUCAGAUUAGUGUUCUAGAUGACGCAGAAUCGCAACAGAAGAUACCAACAUUGAUGAAAAUCGAAUCUGUCUUUAAAGAUGCAAAGUUGAUAGCCAGUAUCAUCCAUGAUAGAGAAGUUGAAAAGAUAUAUGAAAGUUUGAAGAGGAAAAGAAGAAAUCCAAAUAGAGUGGAUGUUGUAAUGAAUGAGAUUCUUCAAGAGACAAGAAGUGUAGAACAGGAGGACACAAGUUCAUUGUUACUGGCAGAUUUUGUUAAUUUGAUAGAUAAAGCUAUGGCUAACAUGGAAUCCUUACCAUUAACAGCUGAAGAAAUUCAAGGCUUACUACGUCAGGAAGGGAACCGACCAGACCGUGUCGACAGAGUAUUCACUAAAGUUCUUCGACUGGUUUAUCAUCCGAAACCAUUCUCACUGGAGGAGGAUGUAAGGAUGGUUAUUACACAAAUGCCAGAGGCAAAUCCCGAUGAGGUGAGAAGACUGAUGUCAGAUGCCCAAGGUCAAGGUCAAGAAGAUAGAGUGAAGCAUGUUGUAAGCAUUCUUAAAAAUGAUACUAGGGCUUAUCUCAAGAAAGAUGAUUCUAUCCCUCAAGACCCCACAGUCAGCAAUGAUCCAUUGUUUAAGGACAUGCGAAUUGUGAAGAAAGUGCUUCCACAUAAGGAUCCUAAUGAGAUCUAUGCCUUCUUAGAAGCUCACUAUGAUAAAAAGAACCGGAUUAAAGUAGUAAUAGAGGAGCUCAUGAAUGAUAUGGCAGACCCUGAUGAUACCGAGCAUGAUGGGAGUGAGGUCAGGGACACAGGGUCAAAGAUACUUUCCAUACCAGGUGUGGGAGAACUGCAGAAGGAAUUACAAGAAUUGAAAGAUAUAUUCCCAGACUGUGAUCCAAACUAUCUGUACAGUGCUCUGGAGGACAGGAAGGAUGAAAAGGAUCGGGUUAAAAAUCUGGCAAUAUCAAUGCUUGAGAAAAAAGACUACCCAAAGUUGAAAGAAGUGUUAGAUAAUGAGAGAAAGCUCAAAAGGAGACAGAAUAUUGUUACGGCAACAUUUGAUUUGAAAGAAUUUUUGGCAAAGUUUUCAGAUCCAGAGUUGUUUUUUUGUGAUAAGGAAAAAGUAGUAUCAAAAAAUUACAAAAAUCAUGUUUCUGUUCAACUUCAGAAUGACUUCAGAGAAUUAUCUGAGGAAUACUUGCAGCAGAUACUGGAAGCAAAUAACUUUUGUCUGACUCUUUGUAAAAGAACAGUGCUUACCAACAUCAGUGACCUUGGAGAUUUUAUGUCAGAACUGUUCCUUCCAACACAGAGACCUUUACUCCCCCUCCCAGAGGAACCAGAAGAACUCUUCUUCAACGAGAUGCUUUACUUACAACACCAAGAAGAAAUCCAAAAUCACCUGAAGGAACAGAAGAUGUUGAGGGAGUUAAGACUAGAAGAGGCUAAAGCCAAUGACGAGCUGCUUUCUUGUGAAUGCUGUUUUGAUGAUGAAUGUCUGUUUGAGGACAUGACAUCUUGUCAGGAUGGCCACCUUUUCUGUAAGGAGUGUGUGAGGAGAUCAUCUGAAGUGGUUAUAGGAGAUGGGAAAUCUUCUUUUCCAUGUUUAUCAGAUAAUUGUGUUUAUCAUUUCCCACUUCCUGUACUACAGGCUGUCAUGUCUCCAAACAUGUUCUCCAUCUUGUUGAGGAGAAUGCAGGAAGAGGAGGUCAAACAGGCAGCCAUACCAGACCUGGUUAGCUGUCCAUUCUGUAGCUUUGCUACUAUCAUCUCUAAUCCUGAUGAUAAAGUUUUCAAGUGUCUUAAUCCAGAGUGUCUAAAGGAAUCCUGUAGAUUGUGUGGUGAGCCAAGUCAUAUUCCCCUGCGUUGUAAUGAGGUGGAGAAGCAGGGUGAGACUGACAUGAGGACAUACAUCGAGACACGUGUCACAGAGGCAAUGCUGAGGAAGUGUCAUAGGUGUCACAAGAGGUUCAUCAAGGAGGCAGGCUGUAACAAAAUGACAUGCACCUGUGGUGCCACUCAGUGUUAUGUUUGUCGGGCAGAGGAUAUCGACUACUACCAUUUCAACAGAACUGACUGUGAUAAUCAUGAAGAGGCUGCAGUACUACAUGUUAAGGAAAUGGAGGCAGCCGCCAAUGAAGCCAGGAAACAGUAUCUGAAGGAUCAUCCUGAGGCCAAGGAUAUGGUCCUCAAAUACGACCCUGUUAAACAUAUACAGGAUGUGAAGAAAAAUCAUCUCUACACACCAGGGGAUAGCGAGAAUGAAAAUGAAUUCAAUGACAGUGACUAUGAAUACUUCGAGAAUGGCAAUGAAUACACUGAUUCAGAGUGAUGGUAUUACAUUAGGACAAGACGCAGGAGAAAUACUCUGGGCAUUACAAAUUUAAUAUCUCAAUAAGUUGGUGUUGAUGUUAUGGUAGUCAGACGACCCCUGAUGUUAUGGUGGUCAGACAACC